AUGUCGUUUACGCUCAGCAUACGGCAGGGGCCCGCGCGCGUCGCGCAGCGGCUGCCCGAGCUGACCAAGAGCGCGUUCCGGGCGGCGGCGCCGGUGCGCAGCUUCCACCAGCCGGCCAAGCCGAGCGCCGCCGUCGGCUUCUUCACCUCGCGCAUCACCACGUCGGCGGCCGCGCGCAACGCCUUUUCCCGCGGCGCCUCGAGAGCAUACCACCAGGAGGUCGCGAGCCGGCCGCAGUCGGUGACGAGCGGCGCGGGGCUGCGCAAGCUCCUCGUGGGCGGUGCCAUCUUCGGCGGCACGCUCAUCGCCAUCAAUGCAGUCUUUAACCGCGAGACGAGGGAGGAUGGCGGCAUGCCCGUGUACGAGCGGGAGUACCUCAACAACACGUUCCUGCACACGGGUCUGGGCGUCGGAAUCAUUGGCCUGACGGCCAGGCAGAUGGUGCAGACGGGCUUCGUCUAUCGGCUGAUGGUGACGAACCCGUGGGUCGUCGGUCUCGGUGGCCUGGCCCUUAGCUUUGCCACCAUGAUUGGCACGCGCUCCAUCGCACCGGAUAACUACAUUCCCAAGUACGCUCUCUGGACGGCCUUCAACGCCACGCAGGCCGCCUUCAUCGCUCCUCUCCUCGCAUUCGUUCCCGGUCCUCUCCUCGCCCGCGCCGGUCUCUACACCGUCGCCAUGAUGGGCGCGCUGUCGGUCGUCGGCGCGACGGCCAAGCAGGAGAAGUACCUCUACAUCGGCGGCCCGCUCCUGGCUGGCGCCGCCAUCGUCGCCAUGUCCGGCCUCGCGCCGCUUGUGGUCCCUGCGACGGCGGUGCGCACGCUGGCGUUCACCGAGAACAUCUGGCUGUACGGUGGUCUUGCCGUCUUUGGCGGCUUCACACUCUACGACGUGCAAAAGGUGCUGCACCACGCGCGGCUGGCGCAGGCUGGCAUCGUGCGGCGGGACCCGGUCAACGAGAGCAUCUCGCUGGAGCUUGACUUUUUGAACAUUUUUGUUCGCAUGGUGCAGAUCCUGAUGAUGAACCAGAACCGGCGGAAGUAG